AACAUAUCACACAGAGUCAGUGUACGUUUUGACGACACACUAACGCAACGUUCGUACGGUUUUGUACCGAUCAAGUUCAUUACAUUUACAAAAGUGUUUUAAUUUAGUGACAGAAUAUUAGUUCGAUCAAACUUCUAUUAUAAACAGCACAAUAUAUUACAUCAGGACAUUGUAUGAAGGUGUAAUUGACAGUGUAAUAUUAUUUGUAAAAAGAUAAAAUGCCAAUUCGGCCGCUACAUCCACUUUUAGCGGCAAAGGCUCGGGAGGAGUUAAAUGAAGAUCCAACUAAGAUAGAUGAAUAUUUACGAAUAAUAAAGGACUGGCUGUCCGAACAACCGCACUUAAAUGCCAGGACGGAUGAUCAAUGGCUUAUAAGUUUCUUACGUGGUUGUAAAUAUAAUGUGGAAAAGGUAAAAACGAAGCUAGAUCUUUAUUACACCCUAAAAACCACAGCGCCUGAAGUUUAUUGUUUACAUUACACAGAUCCAAAAAUUUACAAAAUAUUGGAAACAGGCGCAAUGCUUCUCUUGCCUAAAACUAAAUGCCCUUCAGACCCCAGAGUAAUGCUGUUUAGAUUUGGUCAUUAUAAUACUUCAGAAAUUACAAUCAUGGAAAUCCUGGCUGUUAUGCUUAUUCAGCUUCAGAUAUCAUACAUGGAAGAUGAUAACGUCACUGUGGCUGGCACUGUGAGCGUCGUCGAUAUGAAGGGUACAUCGAUGUCUGUGUUAACGCAAAUAUCACUGUGGCAGAUAAGAAAAUUGAUAUCAGUAACACAAGAUGCUUCGCCAUUACGAAUAAAAGGAGUAAAUAUUUUAAGUAUACCAUUUAUUUUCCAAGCAGUACUUAAUCUGUGCAAACAGUUCCUUAAUGAAAAAAUCAGGAAAAGGGUGAAUGUUUAUAACAAAAAUAUUGAAGAUCUAUACAAACACGUUCCAAAAGAAUGUAUGCCGGCGGAAUACGGUGGCAAUGGUGGGACAUUAAGAGAAAUUAUAGAUUAUUGGAAAGCCAAAGUUAGCAAAUAUCACUCGUGGUUCGAAGAGGACACCAAAUAUAAAUCGGAUGAGUCAAAACGCCCUGCUAAAAUUAAAACUAAAGUUGAAGACAUUGAUUACUCACCCAGUUCUCCCAGCUCGAACAGGGAUAAAAGUGAAAUAAAAUACAGCCCAUAUGUAGAACAGUGUAGCUGGUAUACGAUGGUUCGAGAAUUAAGUCCGGAAUUGGCUGAAAUAGCUAAAAAUGAAUUAAAUGAAAAUCCUAAACGGACUCCCAGUGAUAUCCAACAUUUGAAGGAAUGGAUCGCCAAGCAGCCUCACUUAAAGGCUAGGACAGACGACCAAUGGCUCGUCGCGUUGCUCCGAGGAUGUAAAUUCAGCUUAGAGAGAGCGAAAGCAAAAUUAGAUUUGUAUUACACGCUCCGAACAACUGCGGCUGAUAUUACUUUACGACUUAAACCUACAGAGCCUGAUUUUAUAGAAUUUUUAAGACUUGGGACAUGUUUAAUACUACCAAAGUCUGAUGACCUUCAUCCUCGUGCUAUUAUGAUUCGGUCUGGCCGAUUUGACGUCAAUAAAUACAAUGUAGCUGAUAUUAUGUGUAUUCUACAUUAUUUAGUUCAGAUCAUGGUGAUGGAAGACGACGCAGCCUCUAUUGUGGGAACAAAGAUAAUAGUUGAUUUCGAAGGCAAUAGUACUAGUCACUUGACUCUUGUAAAUCCUAGUCUGUUACGAAAGCUUGUAGCUGUCGUUCAGGAUUCACUCCCUCUCCGCCUCAAAGGCAGUCAUCACAUCAAUGUUCCUGCUGGUGUAGAGAUUGUUUUUAAGCUCGUAUCUGGAUUUUUAAGCGAAAAGGCCAAGGAGAGGUUGAAAAUACAUAAAAAUCACGAAGAGUUGUUGGAAGUAUUCCCUAAGGAGUCUAUUCCUGUAGAGUACGGAGGCACUGGUGGGACUGUAGCAGAAAUAAUUGAAUAUUGGGUAAAUAAAAUACAAGAGUACAGACCGUGGAUGGAAGAGGAGUUGAAAUAUGGAACAGAUGAACACAAGCGACAGGGGAAACCACUUGGUGCUGAUCUCUCCGAUACAGGUUCUUUUAGAACUUUGGACAUCGAUUAGACUAAAAUUAUUAAAUCAAGGGCAAUAAAAACGUCUGCAUAAUUCGUUGUUCAACUUAUUGAUCAAUUUAUUUAUUAGUUUAUUUGUGCACAGUAUUUAAAACGAUCGUUUGUAUUUAAAAUAAAUUGAUGUACUUUAA